UGCGACUGCCAGGCGGAAUGAUCUGCGCGAAAGAGACGCUUGCUGAAGUUCUGCAACCAAGGUCGGUCUUCAAGGUCGAAGAGAGCGCAUGCACGGACGCGGAAGGGGAAGAGGGCGGUGGUCAGGCUGUAGAUGCUACAAGAUGGAGUUCCCUGCACGAAUGCAAACUCCGUCGACGCAAGUCGCAGCAACAGCAGCACAGACCACACAACCUCAAGGCGCUACUCCAACAUCAACUAUCGUACCAAUGGCACCACCUAUGGUGCACCCGAUGGCGCAGCCAGUGCCUGUACCUUUCUAUCAGCCGGGAUAUUAUCCACCCCCAUAUGGGUGGCAAGGCGGAUGGAAUCAAUCAGGCGUGGCGCGCCCGCCGUCGACGAACAAGUUCCCUGAACCAGGAAAUCGAGCCUGGUUCACCAAGGAACACCUCAAGCUAAUAGAAAAGUGGAAGGCGUGUGAAUCGAGUGAGGAGAGUCGAAAGAGCGAGAAGGGGGAAUCAAGUGGAGGAAGCAAAAGCAACAAGAAAGGAAGAGGGAGUACGGAAUCGAAAAGCAGCGAGGAGCGACUGAAGUCGUGGAUCUCCAGCACAUUCGGGACAUCGCUGAACAAGAUCUCCGAGAAACUGGACGAGAUCGAGGCGAAGACCAAGGCGAAAGGGAAGGCCGGAGGAUCGGAUGAAAAAGGAGAUGGGAAGAAUGAGAUGGGAAGCCACGAAAAGAGAAAGAGAGGAGUAAACUCCCCAGCACUAAGCAAGGCGAAGGUGAGAUCAAGGACAAGAAAUGGAAGAGAUGCAGUAAUAGUACGGCAACCGAGAAUCAACAUCUCCUCGGAUGACGAAGACGAGAAGGCCAAGGUCCGCACAAAUUGUGGCAUCGACGUCAAGCACGAGUUUGAAGGGAACGGCGGAAACAAUAACUUAGAUGAGAUCCUGACCCUGCUAGGAGCACUAGCAGAAAAAGGAAAAGAGGGGACGUGAAGGCGAACAAAUGGAAGGAGUAAGAGAGAGGGAGGAGAGAGAAAGAGAAAUCGAGAAAAAAAGGAAAAGAGAGAAGGAGAAAAAAGAAAAGAGGGGGAAAGGAAAAACUCUGUCAGAGAGUGAAACAAAAACCGACACAAAAG